AUGGUCCAGAACUUAGGAGACUCACUGGGUGACUUGUCAUGUCCCAUCUACUAUAAGUGGCUGUGGAGCACCUUUCUCCGUCCAGAAUUGGUCCAAACUGGCCUGGAAAUAUCACUGAGGAAACUUCAGCUGAGCUAUGUGGAUCUUUUCCUCAUUCAUUUCCCAGCAGCUUUGAAGCCUGGGGAGGAGUUUUUCCCAAAGGACACAGAUGGAAAAACCAUUUUUGACACAGUGGAUAUUUGCGCCACAUGGGAGGCCCUGGAGAAGUGUGAGGAGGCAGGAUUGGCCAAGUCCAUUGGCGUGUCCAACUUUAACUCCAAGCAGCUGCAGAAGAUCCUGAACAAGCCAGGGCUCAAGUACAAGCCCGUCUGCAACCAGGUGUUUGAUUUCCAGUUGACACCGCAGGAUAUGGAGAGACUAGAUGGCCUCAACAGGAACCUUCGCUACUUUAAAGUUACUGCUUUUGCUGAUCACCCAGAUUAUCCAUUUUGUGAUGAAUAUUAACAACAACGUCUGAGGGUGCUCCAGUUUUUUAAAUGUUGGUUGAUGAUUGGAGAACAUCUCAAGGAUGAGAAGGUGUCUGGUUUAUUCCGUGCCCCUUAGCCUGAUCAGCCACAAUAUGACUCAAGUCCCUGCAUCAGGAAAUAAAAGU